CGUAACUACGUUUUUUUUUUUCCCAAGCACGCACGCACGCAACACAGCAGCCAUCAUCUUGAAGUUCAGAUUAAGAUGGCGGACAAACCAGUGGCACUGGCUGAGAAAAGGCUUUUGGAUGUCAAGCUUGGGCAAGUGCCGUCAUGGCUUGGAACAAGAGACUUCACCCCAAAUGGACUUCUUGGUGGAGUUCGCAGAGGGUAUGAGCGAUAUUACAACAAAUACAUCAAUGUGAGGAAAGGUGGUAUUGGUGGGGUUGCCAUGUUCAUUGCUGGUUAUGUUGCCCUGAGCUACCUUUGGGAGUAUGAUCACAUCAAGCACGACAGGUGGAGGAAGUACCACUGAAACCCAAUGGACCAGCAGACCACUGAAAUCUUUUGUCUGCCACUGUGUGAUCACCACAACUCUCAGCUUUCUCUGUUUGUGACAAAGAAUAAAAUUAAAUGUAUUUAA